AUGUGUGCUCCUGAGAACUUACCGUCGCCGGCCCCAUCAGAUGAUGAAUACUAUGAAUCAGAUGAUUCUGAAAGCGCCCGCAAGCCACGAUUAACACCCCAAGAACUCGGGGCUCUGUUUGUUGACUUCUACUCAUUCAUGGCAACCCUGAACUACGAUAUAUACGAUCUCAAGAUUCCCCCACGCACUGGAUGGCCAGAUAUCACAUCCGAAUCCUGUGGAGGCAUAAAGUCCGACUACGCUAUCGAGGUUAUGCGUCAUCUGCCUUACUUUGACGCUAAAGGCGCAUGCCAUAUCCACUAUAAAUCCAAACUCUGUGACCUUACUGUUUGGACCCCGGACGAUUUCAAGACCAUCGAAGAAAUCUUUGACUGGAUGGAGUUUUGGUCAACGGAGGAUGAGCAGGAUCAUAGUGAUGUCAUCUACAUUGCUGAAGGGUAUGAGAGUGGCGGCCGUGGAUUGUGGCUGCUUGUCAAAGAUGGCGAGAUAAUUGAGGACAUGAUGAGGUGUGAUAUGCUGUCCUCGGUCCCAGUGGAACAAUACUUUGCCAAGCUGAAGGAACAGUACAAAAAAAUGCAGCUGGUUUCUGGAGACGGCAGGAUCACAAUUGAGGCGGAUGACAUUCCAGAGCGCGAUGAGAGGAUCUCUGAGGAGGAGGUGAAUAGUCAAACGGAAGAAUGGCAGACAGAUCUGGAUGUUCAAUACAUAAGGCAGAUCUAUCGUGAUCAUGGGUGGCCACACUCCUUUGAUUCAAAGGCUGCUUUUAAGGCCGUGGAUGAUUGA